AUCAUAAAUAUUAAUCUUCUAUUUUAAGUCCCUUUUCUUUUUAAAACCACUUACCAGAACCUCCUGGAAUAUUCUACCUUCUCCUUCCAUUUCCCUCCAGAAACUUCUUCAGUCUUCUUCUUCUUCUUUAAUCCCCACCGCCAAAUCAACCCUAUAAAUUCAAACCCCAAUCAAUCUCAUCUGCAUUAGACAAUUCAAGCAAAAAAACAAUUUGAAGAAUUCAUAAUUCAAAAGAGAACAAAUCCACUACGGAAAAAAAUAUAAUGGAUAUCAGAUUUCUAGGGUUCGACGCGCCGAUCCUCCACGCACUGCAAAGCAUGAUAGAUCCAGAGGAUUCCGACGGCGGAAAAUCGGUCGGCGCACCCACCAGAUCCUACGUCCGCGACGCCAGGGCAAUGGCGGCGACGCCGGCGGACAUCAAGGAGUACGCGACCUCGUACGCAUUCGUGAUCGACAUGCCGGGGCUGAAAUCCGGCGACAUUAGGGUUCAGGUGGAGGACGGAAACGUGCUCCUGAUCAGCGGCGAGCGGAAGAGGGGGGAGGAGGAGAAGGAGGGGGCGAAAUACGUGAGGAUGGAGCGGCGGAUCGGGAAAUUCAUGCGGAAAUUCGUGUUGCCGGAGAACGCCGACACUGAUAAGAUCGCGGCGGUUUGUCAGGACGGCGUGCUGACUGUGACGGUGGAGAAGCUGCCGCCGCCGCAGCCGAAGAAGCCGAGGACGAUCGAGGUUCAGAUUGCUUGAUGAGUGUGGAAAGUGUUUCUCUAUUUUUUUCUGAGUGUUUGAUUUGAAUAUUUUGAUGAUGUAUGCUUCAGCUUUCAGAUUUCCUAAUGUUUGAAAAUUUUCUCUCUCUAGUUUGAAUAAAUUUCAAUUUAAAUAUUUUGAG